AUGGACUUCUCAAACCUCCAAGACAAGGUCAGCAACCUGACCUUGUAUGACCUCAAGGCCGGUGUCCGCAAAGUACAGAAUGCCGUCAUGAACUAUACCGAGAUGGAGUCCAAGGUCCGAGAAGCCACAAACAAUGAGCCCUGGGGUGCCUCGACUACAUUGAUGCAGGAGAUCGCCAAUGGAACACACAGCUACCAAUUGCUUAACGAAAUUAUGCCCUUGAUUUACAAGCGAUUCACCGAUAAGAGCGCCGAGGAAUGGAGGCAGAUCUACAAGAGUCUUCAACUUCUCGAAUUCCUCGUUAAGAAUGGUUCGGAGCGGGUGGUCGACGAUGCACGAUCUCACAUGUCGCUGUUGCGGAUGUUGCGGCAAUUCCACUACAUUGACGUGAAUGGGAAGGACCAGGGUAUCAAUGUGCGCAAUCGGUCCUCAGAAUUGGUCAAGUUGCUGGGCGAUGUGGACCAGAUUCGCUCUGAGCGCAAGAAGGCUCGCGCCAACCGCAACAAGUUCGGUGGUUUCGAAGGUGGCAUGGGCGUUGGUGGUGGCAUGUCUUCUGGCUCUAGCCGCUACGGUGGCUUUGGAAGUGACAGCAUGGGAUACGGCGGAUACAGCGGUGGAGUGUAUGGCGAUGGCGGAGGCUUUGGUGGAGCUACGAGUGAUUUCCAAGAUAGCAGUCGGGACACCAGCCGUCGCGGUAACCGGUUCGAGGAAUAUGACGAGUACGACGAGGGAGAGACCGGCGCCCCACGGCGUGAGUCUGUCGCGCCAGCGCCCAAGGCCAAGCCAGAACCGAAGAAGCCGGAGCCUGCACCUGUGGUCGACCUCUUUGAUUUUGGUGAUGACGAGCCUGUCACCACAACGGCAUCUUCCACCGCUGCAGGCAAGCAGCCCGCCAGCAACACGUUGAACGUGCUGGACUCGACGGCAGAUGAUGACGAUUUCGAUGACUUCCAGUCUGCCACCCCGGCAGUCCAACCCUCAGCGCCUGCUGCCUCCAACUACUCCAUUCAACCCCCUGCCUCCACUCACAGCACCACCGCGAACACCCAAUUUGCUGCGCCGGUACCCGUCUCUGCCUCGCAGGGCGCCAACAUCAACGGCAUCGUUGGCUUCACAUCUGCCACGCCAACCCCCUCUACCAGCUCGCUUACCUCCCCAGUGUCGCAGACCGCGCCUAUGCAGCAACCCAUGGCUCCAAAGCCAUCCGGCUACCAGGCCGCCACACCAAACUACUUCACCUCCGUUUCAAUGGGCGCUGCUCAGCCAUUCUCCUCUCACGCCGCUAAGCCCUCCCUCUCUUCCCCGGCUGCCUCUACCGCCGCGAGCAAGCCCGCUACGAGCACUGCCAGCAAGUCCUCUGGCGAUGCUUUCGGCUCCCUCUGGUCCACUGCUAGUGCUAGUGCUGGUAUCUCCAAGUCCAAUGCCAAUGCCAACAAGGGCCCUAACUUGGCCAGCAUGGCCAAGGAAAAGGCCAGCGCUGGCAUCUGGGGUGCCCCAGCUGCCUCAGCUUCGCCGGCCCAAUACAAGCCCCAGCAGAAGCAGGGUGGUGGCUCUGCAUUCGAUGACCUGCUCGGUUAA